AUGGCUGACUGUCCAGGAAACCAAAUAUACCAGGAAUGUGGAUCUCCCUGCAAAUCUACUUGUUUAAAUCCGCAGUUUACCUGUGACAGUUACUGCAAACCUGGUUGCUUCUGCCCUCCUGGAACUGUUCUUGACUAUAUUACCUCAAAAGAUAAAUGCAUACCACGACACGAAUGCCCUUGCGUUCUAAAUGGGAAUACUUAUGCUCCAGGAGAAAAAAUGGAUUCAUCAUGUACUUCCUGCACAUGUGUUGGAGCACAAUGGGACUGCUCUGACAUUCAAUGUCCUGGUACUUGUUCAAUUGAAGGAGGCUCAUUUAUGACGACAUUUGAUGAAAGAACAUACAGAUUCCAUGGUGAUUGCGAGUAUCUACUUGUUGGGAGCAAUAAAAUGCCCAGGCAUGGCACGAUAGAAGCAAUUUUUGAACAGUGUGGUACUACAUACACAAAAACUCGAUUAGCAAGUGUCAUCUACGCUACUUAUGAGAUGAAAAUUGUUUUUUCAAUGAAUGGAAAAAUAGAAGUAAAUAAUCAACGCAAAAACUUACCAUUUCGGACAGGCAAUAUCAAAAUCUAUAGACGCUCUUCCAAUUACAUUCAAAUGAACACCAACUUUGGCCUGGACAUACUUUUUAAGGUUACUGAAGUUUUCCAGGUGUAUAUCACAGUUGGAGUGAUGUUUUAUGGCAGCACCAGUGGAAUUUCUUGUCCUCACAAUCAGACCUUCAGUUAUGACUCUAGAGCUUGUAAUCGCACUUGUUUGUCGUUGUCUGAUCCAAAUUUUGAGUGCAGUGCAAGUGAUGCUCCAGUGGACGGCUGCAACUGCCCAGAACACACUUACUUGGAUGACACUGGAAAAUGUGUCAGUGCAGCUGAAUGUCCAUGUUUCCUGGCUCAUACUGUCAUUGCACAUGCCAAUGAGAAAAUAAAUCUUUACGGUGGAAUAUGUGUGUGUGAGAAUGGGAACCUCAAGUGCACCGGUCAGGACCCUCAAGUUUGUGGACUCUGUGGCAAUGCCAAUGGUAAUAUUAAAGAUGAAUUGAUAACUCAGAGCCAACACUCAGCUUUCACUUUAAUGAGCUUUGUCAAUUCUUGGAAAGAAGAUCCCAUGUGUGAUGAUGUGACUGAAGUUGUAUAUCCAUGUGCCAAAAAUCCAUAUCGUAAGUCUUGGGCAGAAAAACGAUGUAAAAUAAUUCACAGUGCCGUGUUUCAACCAUGCCAUAAUUUGCUCCAGUGGCUUCCAUACUAUGAUAAAUGUAUUAGAGAUUCAUGUGGUUGUGAACUAGUUGGAGAUUGCGAUUGUCUCUGUGAUGCUGUUGCAGCCUUUGCUAAGGCAUGCUUAGAUGCUGGCGUUUGCAUUGAUUGGAGAACACCUGACUUUUGUCCUGUGAAUUGUGAUUUUUACAAUACUCACGAUCGAAGAACAAAUGGUUAUAAAUAUGCUGGUGACAUUGAAUGCAAAUGGCACUAUCAGCCAUGCUUGUGCCCCAAUAGUCCAUGGACCUUCUCAAAGACAAAUAUGGAAGGUUGUUACAAUUGCAGCAUAGAUGAGUACUAUGAUGCAGGCCAGCAGCGCUGUGUGCCAUGUACUCUGCUGCCCACACCAACAUACCCAACAUCUGUAAUGUCAACUCACAGUUCAGCAAUAGAAAAGUGGGUUGAAAGAAAAUUGGGUCUCCCAAUUCCCCAAGUGAAUAUAGAGAAUCAAAGCUAA